AUGGGCCUCCUCUCCAAACUAAACCACAUCUACUCCACCCUCCAAGCCCUCAAAGCCGAACUAACAGAAUCAAAAACCACAUUCGACAAUCUCCAAUCUCGAAUCUCAACCCCCACCCCCCCAGUAUCAAAUCCCACCCACUCACACUGGCAAAAUGACCCCUUCCAAAUCCCCCCUCAACCCCUCCCCACAUCAACAGACAUAAUCAUCAUCGGCUCAGGAAUCUCAGGCGCAAGCAUAGCCUACACACUCCUCCGCAAAAGCCAAUGUAAUAUCCUCAUGCUCGAAGCACGAGAUGUUUGCAGUGGCGCAACAGGCCGGAAUGGGGGUCAUAUCAAGUGCUCUGCGUAUAUGGAGUACUCCUCAUUCAAAGAUCGGUUUGGGGAGAGUGCUGUACAGCUACUGCGGUUUCAGAAACGUCAUAUGGGGCUGUUGCUGGGGUUGAUGGGGGAGUUGGAGAUUGAGGCUGAGGCUCGUGAGGUGGAGACUGUUGAUAUUUUUACUGAUGAGAAGGCGUGGGAGGAUGCGAAGCGCAUGGUCCAUGUGUUCAAGACUGAUAUGCCUGAAGAGGCUGGGGAUAUUGUUGUCUUUGAUGGUGUGGAUGGGUGUCAGGAAUACCAUGUUAAUCCAGAACAUUGCUAUGGGAUCAUCAAGUACAAGGCUGCUGCACUAUCGCCGUACAAGUUCAUUACAUCUAUUUAUGGGAUUUUACAGCAGAAUGACAACUUUGCAAUUUCACCCGGCACCAUUGUUACGGAGAUCAAUGCGGAUGGGGAUGGGUAUACGGUUUCCACAAGCAGAGGACGAAUCAAGGCUGCACAGGUUGUGCAUGCAACUGAUGGAUUUGCUGCGACCCUUAUUCCAGGAUUGGAGGGGAAGAUCUUCCCAGUGCGUGGACAUGUGACUGUGCAAUCUGGGUGUGGGUUUGAUGGCUCGAGAUCGUGGUGCAUUCACCACAAGCGUGGAUUCGACUAUAUUAGCCAGCGGCCUGGGGGUGAGUUGGUGGUUGGUGGAGGGGUGAUACAAUCGCCUGGAAGGGGGGUUGAUGAGUUUGGGGUAUGGAGGGAUGAUGGGCUCUGUUAUUCGAUCCGUGCGUAUCUGGGUGGUCUUGUUGAGACGAUUUUCAAGACGCAGACCAAGGUGGAACAGGCCUGGAGUGGGUGUAUGGGAUUCACGCCCGAUUUGUUGCCUUUUGUUGGGAGGUUGGAGGAGAGUCUUACGGGCAGGAAGGGGGGUGGGGAAUGGAUUUCUGCAGGGUUUCAAGGGGAGGGGAUGGUUCUUGCUUGGUUGUCUGGUGUGGCGGUUGGGUUGAUGAUUGCUGGCGAUGAAGAGUAUCAGGAUGAGGCGGGAAUUCCUGGGGGAAGAGUCAAGGAGUGGCUGCCGAGGGAAUUGAUAUGUUCGAAAGAACGGGUUGAUCGGUUGAGUGUGUCUGAUCUAGGUGUUCUGCUGUGA